CGGCCAACGGCUAACAACCAUGAUGUAUCGCAGCCUCUUGAUAACAGUAGCCUUCAUGGCAACGGUGUAUGUGGCGGUGGCUGACAGUGGAUAUGGUGGACGCGGAGGAGGAAGUGGAGGCGGAAACGGAGGUGGAUUCGGAGGGGGAAGUGGAGGCGGCCACGGAGGAGGAUUCGGAGGCGGAAACGGAGGUGGAUUCGGAGGCGGAAGUGGAGGCGGCCACGGAGGUGGAUUCGGAGGCGGAGCUGGUGCAGUCUCCGGUGGUUUCGGAGGAAAUGGAGGCGCUUCAUUCAGUGGCGGAAACGGAUUCGGAGGAAAUGCUAUCGGAGGUGGAAAUGGCGGUGCCGGAGGUUAUGGCGCUAAUGGCGGAGGCGGAGUGGGAGGAGGCAGCGUGGCUCCUGGAAUCCUCCUCGGAAGCGGAAGCCUCCCAAGUGCCGGUGGCUCAGGAGGUGCUGGCGGUUUCGGUGCAGGUAGUGGCGGUUUUGGCGGUGGAAAUGGCGGUUUUGGUGGUGGAAAUGGCGGUUUCGGCGGUGGAAAUGGCGGUUUUGGUGGUGGAAAUGGCGGUUUCGGCGGUGGAAAUGGCGGAUUUGCCGGUGGAAAUGGUGGCUUUGGCGGUGGAAACGGCGGAUUUGGUGGAGUGAGUGGCGGUUUUGGCGGUGGCAGUGGUGGCAGCGCCGGUGGUAGUUAUGGAAGGAAGUGAUUGAUGAGUGAUUUGUCUUGACGCGAAAUGUCUGGAAGUCAUUUUUAUAAAUCAAAUAAAAUAAUAUUGUGAC